AUGCCUCCAAAAAGAACUUCUAGCAGCAAGAGGGAUCGGCAAAAAUUGGCCACGGCAGCACAAAAGUUAAUGACGCUGCCAUCUGCCAGUGAGCCGGAUGAGGAGGAAAGUGUGGUGGCUAACAACUUGACACAAGCACUUACUGGCGAAAGUGAAGACGAAGAGAUUAUUGAGGAGGAGCGGUAUCUCAGUGCAACAUCGACUCUUUCCAAGCAACCCAAUCCACCAACUUCCUCGGCUGCUUCGAAGGCUUUCAAAUGUGAAUGUCAACAAGGGCAUACAGACGGCAUCGAAUGCAUCAUUCACAACAAUCGCAAGGUUCACGCUGGGAUCAGCGCAAGGGUCCUUAUGAGAAGCAAUAUGGUUUACAUCAACAACAAGUUCUACGUCCACGCCGAUUUGCUCUCGCUUCACUCGGAACGCUUUCGACGAGAGUGGGGCCAGACAACCUUCGAAGAGAAGGAAAAACGUAAAGGGUCUAUGCUCUGGGCCCUGAAGGAUAAAGAUCCACUGAUAGCUCACUUCUCGGGAUGGUUGUACAGCGGUGGACUCCUUGCUACCGCUUGCUUCGAGACUAAUGAGCUUCAAGAAGAGUUAACUGCAUAUCGAACAGGUAGAUUUGAGAACGACGGCUUCAACAAGCACUGGAUGGUUCCAAAAAGUCUCAGAUCCAUCUACAAGGUUGCAACUCAAGGCUCACCAUUUCGAAAACUUGCUUCCGAUAUCAUGAGUUCCCUUGAUGUCCUGAAUUCUGAAAAAUACGGGCCUCAGGAGGAUUGGGAAAGCCUCUGCGAAGAUCUUCCUGAGCUGGAGGCUGAUGUGAAGGCUGCUGAUGUUGAGAAAAACAAAGGGAAGUGGGCUGGCAGAGGAGGUCGUCCUUGGAAUAAUCAAUACAGGAAGGAGUACAUGUUGGAAGAAGUUCCUAUGGAGGAAGUCUGGGAGAACCAAAUUUUGCAACAAAGAAACCUGGGAGAUCUUGAGCGGAUGAGCAAAGAAAAGGACGUUCAAGCGAUGAUUGAGUUGGAGCACGUCAAGGGAAGUCAGCAGUCGUCAGAGGCUAAAGAAGAUGACUAG